GGAAGUGACGUGUGUGCUGAGAAGUGGAAAGAAAACAAUUGCAGAGGCUGACACGCGGAAGUUGUCGGGUGUGCGGGCACAUCACAGCUCAGCGGCCGGCACGGGACUCCGUUCUCCGGUAUAUCCCUCCGCCUCAAUACAGCUGUCCGGGCGGGUAUUUCCAGGUUAAAUAUGUCGGCUUUGCAAGACCUUUCAUCUCCAAACAGCACAUCCAACUUCGCACAUGUGAUUUUUCAGAUUGUGGCCAAGAGCUACCUUCCAAGUGCUCCUCUGGAAUGUCACUACACCCUGACACAGUAUAUUCAUCCAAACCCGAAAGACUGGGUUGGCAUUUUUAAGGUUGGAUGGAGCACUGCCCGAGACUAUUAUACUUUUUUGUGGUCGCCUAUGCCUGAAGACUAUGUGCCUGACUGUACUCGUGACUGUGUGCUGACAUUCCAAGGAUACUAUCUUCCCAACGAUGAUGGAGAGUUUUAUCAGUUCUGUUAUGUGACCCAUAAAGGUGAGAUCCGGGGAGCAAGCACACCUUUCCAGUUUCGUGCAUCAUCUCCCAUAGAUGAGCUGUUAACCAUGGAAGAUGAAGGUCAUUCAGACAUGUUGGUGGUGACUACGAAGGCUGGCUUGCUGGAGCUGAAAAUAGAAAAAACAAUGAAAGAAAAGGAAGAGCUGCAAAAGAUAACCGCCAUUCUAGAGAAGGAGACGGCCCAACUUAGGCAACAGAUGGAAAACUUGGAGAGUGAGCUGUCACGUGAAAGGGAGCGUUCUGAGCAGCUGUCUUCAGAACGAGAGGGAAUGCUCCAGGCAUCUGAAAUCCUAAAAGCAGAAAGUGAAGAAGUGAAGAAAGCAUGUCAUGAAAUGUCUUCAAAAAUCCUUCAGCUUGAAGAAGACCUGAUAUCUGUGACUCAGAAAGCCAUAGAAAAGGAAACUGAAUUAGACAGCUUAAAAGAUAAACUGAAGAAAAUGAUACCCGAAAGAGAGCAGUUGGAGUUUCAAGUAAAGAAUGAAAAGGAUGAAAAGGAAUUGUAUAAGGUUCAUCUAAAAAAUACUGAAAUCGAAAACACCAAGCUGCUUACUGAGGUGCAAACACUAAAAAAUUUGGAUGCCAAUAAGGAGAAUUUAAUUACACACUACAAGGAGGAGCUUGGUAAAACAAAGCUCUGUUUGGAAGAUAAGGAAAAGAUGUGCAAGGACCUGCUUCAGAACUGUACAGAGAAGGAAGACAUCGGUUUGUUAAGACAUCAGCUUCGUAAGAUUCAAGGUGAACAUCAAUCUAGCAGACAAGAGGUUUCCUUCAUGUCCAAAGAGCUCAGUGAUGCAGUAACUGUACGUGAUAAAACCAUGUCUGACCUGCAUACAUCGCGCCUUGAGACCGAGAGUGUGAAGAAGCAGCUUACUGAUGCUUUGGCUCAGCUGACCUUACGAGAAUCACAAAAGCAAAUGCCUGUUGAAGUCCAUGAAAAAAAGGAACAGGAGGCAGAGAGCAACAGAGUGGAGCAAGAGCUUCGAAAAGAGGUUGAAGACCUGAAGUUGAGGCUACAAAUGGCAGCCGAUCACUAUAAAGAUAAAUUUAAGGAAUGUCAGAAACUCCAGAAGCAAGUUGUAAAGCUCACAGAGCAGCUGAAGAGUGCAGAAGAGAAACAAAAGGGAACAGAUGUGCAUGUGUUGUCUGAGGCAGGAAGUGCAGAGGCAUUAAACUUUUCUCCAUCAGUGAAUCCGUUUUCUUCUGACUCUGUACCUGAAUUUGUGAUAAAAGAACAAGUGGCAGAUAUGAACAAGGAAAUUGUAGAAAAAACUGAGAAAUAUCGAAAAUGCAAGCAAAUGUUGGCAGAAGAAAAGGAGAAAUGCAGUGCUUUGGCUGAUGGUGCUGCCAAGAUGGAGUUGAAGUGGAAGGAACAGCUGAAAGUUAAUGAAAGCAUCAAGCUACAGCUAGCAGCUAUUGAAGACCAGUAUAAGAUUCAGUCAGCAGAGAAGGAUCGGGAGAUUUCAGAGCUCUCCUGCCAUGUUGAAGUACUGCUAAGUGAAAAGAGCAGACUGGAGGACACUGUGAAGGAACUGGAAAUCAAUUUGGAAAGACUGUCAGAAAGAGUGGCCAGUGGUCAGACAUUAUCAGGAAGCAGCUCCCAGGGUUUACAGUUUUUCAAUCCUUAUUGUGAAGAGCACAGAACUGUUCCCAUCAUACCAAUCCAGCCACCUGUACUGCAGUUUGGAAAUCCUUAUAUAUCCAAUGCAACAAGAGAUGGGGCAGAUGGUGCUUUUAACCCAGAUGAAGUUCAGGGGCCUCCAGCACAGGGGCCUCCAGCACAGGGGCCUCCAGCACAGGGGCACCUAUGGGAAUAUGAAAGCAAGGUGGUCUGCAGCCAGCCUGCUCGCAACCUCAGCAGGCCGGAUGGCCUGGAAGAUCCCGAUGAUAACAACCAAGAUAAUGAUGACAUGAACUUUCAGUUGAAUGAGGAGCCUCCCAGCUUUCCUGGACAAGAGCAAUCUGGUUUCUGCUUUGAUCCAAGAUAUGCCAUGCAGAGGAAGUGUCCACUAUGCACUAUGGUGUUCCCACCCAACUACAUACAGAGCCACUUUGAGGAGCACGUGGAGAGUCACUGGAAAAUAUGUCCUAUGUGCAAUGAGCAGUUUCCUCUGGACUGCGAUCAGCAAGCAUUCGAGCAUCACGUCCAGACACAUUUUGAUGGCAAUGUCCUCAAUUUUGACUAGGCCUGUUCUGCUUGGUAUAUAAAGUGUAGCAUGGUGAGAAGAUUACCUUUUAAAAAAAGAUAACAAAUGCUUAAAGCAACAACUCCAGCCUGCACUGUACACAACUGCACUGCAAUGUACUUAGCUGUGUAUAAACUGCUGGAGUCCUUUGUUCAUCUCUUGUAGUGUAACUUUAUAGUAGAAGAUUUCAUUUGUAUGUCUCGGGUCUGUGCUGAGAUUGCUCUGUACUUUGUAUAUUUAAAAGCAUCCUUCUUUUUAAUUCUUUAGCUGUUAAAGUUAUGAGUGAGCCUAAUAGGGAAUAACAUGCCUGUGAUGGAAUGCUGCAUGUCUUUUAAUUUUUGUGUCAUUUGUUUUAGUAAUGGUGGGCAAUGCCUGGCAUAGCACAUCCUCUGUUAGUGCUGAUCUUCUUCUAGAGGCAAUCAUAAAAACUUAAAGUUGACGCUUCAUCUGCACAUACUGGAGGCAACCAUAUUGUGUGCUGUGAGUUCUAAAAGUGAGUCCUAAGAGAGAGCGGUACAAGUGGUUGUCUUCUGAAUUCUGCUCAGCCCCACUAGUCUUUUUAGACAACUAGUAAAGUGUAAAUGAUUUUAUAGUCUGCUGGGUUGUGAUUUGGUAAAAGAUACCAUCAGAUUCAGCAAACAAAUUCACAGGGAUCUGCUUACGUUUAUGUGUAUCAAUAACGUAAAAAAAAGUUUUAGUUCAUAAGGAUAGAUGGCCAUUUUGAGAGAAGUCACUUUGGGGAAAAAUGUGCACAUCCAGUUAAAUCUGGACUGCACACUAGUAAAUUUUCCAGGAAACGUUCAUAUGAAUAUUUAUUAUAACAUUCAUGCAGAAAUUCUUUGUACAUUCAGUGACUGGAUGAAUGUGAGGUAAAAGUACUUCAACAUUUCAUUUGCUUUUAGCAUUCAAUUUUGAAAUGAAUGUAAUUUCUCGAAUGAAAACCGCAUACGCUGUAGUUCUGCUUCUUCAGAUUUUCUUUUCGCUUUGGUCAAAAACAAACGAUUCAUCCCCACUAAGGAUUGGAAAAUUUAAUAAACGUUCUUAAAAGGAAAAAUUUCAAACAAAAUUUUGCUAGGUUGUAGCCAGUUUAAGCUAAGACUUUUUAGGAAACUGCAGACAUUGGCUGAUGGCAGGAUAUGAUGGGUUACUGUUAAAGGGCAGAGUUUGCCACCAAAGUGGAAAAACUCGUAAUUACUGCUUGCUGAAAUAUUAAAGAACCGAAUGUCCAAUUAUAAUAAUUUAUACAAAGAUAAUACAUUUGUCUUGGCUUGGCAUUGUAUAAAACUUUUCUUUUUCUUUUUUUUUUACUUGGCAUCAAUAAAUUAUAAUAAAUGUAACUUACGAAA